CCUACAUCUCCGCUCUGCAUCAUGCCGAAAGAGGAGUUUUUUGUGGACAUGACCUGUGAAGGUUGCUCAAAAGCUGUGACGCGGGUUCUCUCCCGACUUCCAGAUGUGAAGUAUGAAAUUGACUUGCUGAACAAGAAAGUGCUGAUACAAUCUGAACAACACUCAGCGGAUCAAUUGUUGGAGACCCUGAAGAAGACUGGAAAAGAGGCAAAAUACCUGGGCUGUAAGGACUGAACUACAGAAUGAAAGGAACUAGCAUAUGAAUGAAGCUGUGUGAUUGGGAUCAGAUGGCAUUCCAUGAAGAAUUUUCUCCAACAAUCAGAGAUGACCCCAACAAGUAUACACCACAGGGUCUUACUAUGGACCUAACAAAAGUUUGUUAAAUAGACAUUUCCUGUGUUGCCUACGAUCAGCAGUUGUAUUCAGACUAGCCAAUUCCAAAUCCUAAUUGGUACCUGAAAAUUUGUCUGUUCACUUUUGACCGCACAGGGAGUUCCUAAUUAAGAUAAUUUUAUACAUGGGAACCAGUUAUGUAUACAUGUCUCCAUAACACUAACCUAGAUAAAGUCG